AUGAUCAUUCAUGAUGAAUUUUUAGGGAACAUUGUGGUUGAACAUGAUUAUGCUGAGUGCACUGGAUCUGCUAUUCAAGCUUUAGUUUUGUUUAAGAAGCUAUAUCCAAGGCAUAGGGAGACAGAGAUAAAGAAUUCCAUUGCCAAUGUAGUUCAUGGUAUGGAAGUUGGGGAGUUUGCUACAUUUAUGGCACUUGGUUUGCACUUCGUGGUCUUGCAGCGGCGAGUAAAACUUACACUAAUUGUGCUUCCAUUCACAAAGCCGUUAAAUUUCUACUUUCAACACAGAAAGAGGAUGGUGGGUGGGGAGAAAGCUAUCUUUCAUGCCCAAAACAGUCAACUUGAUAACAAUGACUUUGGUGGAAAUAGCAUUCCAGAAUCUUAUGGCAACAUCUCAAAAUUGUCAAAACUGUAA